CCUCCUCUUUAAAGGACCUGGAAAGUGUUCUCUCUGAACAUCGGAGAGGCUCAGAGGUGGUACAAUCCUUGGCUCAAGGCACCUUCAGGGUUGUGUAGGGGAUGGCAGGAGGAGACAAUGGAUCCAGUAGCAGGGCAAGCUCAGAGUACCUGAGCGAAGAGGAGUCACCUGAGUAUGAGCUCACUUUCAAGUACUUUAAAGAAAAUAAGGUGGAAAUCGCGAGUGCCAUCACAAAGCCCUUUCCUUUCCUUAUGAGCCUCCGAGACCGUGGCUACAUCUCUGAGCAGAAGUUCCGGAAUUAUCAGCAAAGUUGUGAAAACCAGAUGCCACCGGAAAUAGUGUAUGACAUCCUCAGUGACCUACAGAACGAGUUUAGCCUGCCGCUUAUGGAAGUGAUAUUCAGCCCGACGCAUCUGAAGGCCUACCCAGAUUUAAAGGAGACUCUAAAAAACCGCCCAAAUGUGUCCAACAACCACAGGACUCCUCAGAGGAUAAAUGGAAGAGAUGCUGAUGAGAGGCCCAGACUGCCAGCACUUGUCGCAGAAGCAUCCUGUAGUCCUGGAAGUUCCCAAAUGAGUGAUGAACAGGCAGGGGAGAUACCUAGAUUCCCACAACGCAUCGGAGAGGGAAGUAGUUCUUGUGAACAAAUAUUUGAUCGACAAAAGCCCCAGGAUGACAGACCCUCAUCAGCACCAAGACCUGAAGCAGGAGCAGAGCGAUCCACAAGUGGAAAUAAGAUGUGUUCCUGUGUCAUGUGUCUCCCAGCAAAGGACCCAGAAGCAAGGAUGGGAAGUAGCCAAGCAGAUACCAUGGAGACUGGAAACAACCCUACUGUAGAAAAAUCCAAGGGGAAGAGUGGAGAAAAGAAAGCUCACAACUUGUCAAGAGUAAAACAAAGAAGGCCACAAACUGUACGGCCAAAAAAUGGCAGCAGAGUUGGUCGCCAGGCUGUCAGGAGAAAGAAAACGAAAAAGAAUCCAGGCCGUUCUGCCAAGACCAGGGUUCCGAAAAGGUGCAGAAAUAAAAAUGCAGGUUUCAGUGCUGAGCUGCUUCCCGUGACAUGUGGUAACGUGAAGGGAACAUUACACAAGGAUAAAUUCAAGCAAGGGAUCUUCGUGAAGUCCAUACAGAGUGAAGCUGGGGGCUGGUACACACCCACUGAGUUUGAAAACUUGGGAGGCCAUGGACGAUCAAAGAAUUGGAAAUUGAGUGUGCGCUGCUACAAGCGGCCCCUGAAAUUCCUGAUCCAGAAAAAAUUUCUCCCCAAUUUUCCACAAACUUAUGGCAAGAGAAAAAAGAGAAUACAGUAUUUGUCCAGUGCCCCAGCUAACGCUCAUAACUCAGAUGAAUGCGAGGUGUGCCAGAAUGUAGGGUUGCUCUUCUGCUGUGACACUUGCCCCAGAGCCUUCCAUGAGGAGUGUCACAUCCCUGCGGUGGAGGCUGAGAAGACACCAUGGAGUUGCAUCUUCUGCAGGAUGCAGUCCUUAGGAAGCCAACAGACUCAUCCAGAAUCUGAGGUACUACAGAGGCAGAUGGCGCCCCAGGAGCAGUUGAAGUGUGAAUUUGUCCUCUUGAGAGUCUACUGCUGUUCUGAGAGUUCCUUUUUCUCCAAGAUGCCAUAUUAUUAUUAUUUUAGAGAGACAUCUGUGGGUAUAAUGGAACCUAUGUGGUUGAACUUGAUCAAGAAAAAGCUUAAAGGGAGAAAAUACUCGCACGUGAAAGAGUUUGUGCAAGACAUGAGGCUCAUCUUCCAGAACCACAGGACCACGUUCAAGGACCAUAACUUUGGCCAAAUGGGACUUAGACUGGAGUCUGAGUUUGAGAAGAAUUUCAAGGAAGUGUUUGCUAUUCAGGACACAAAUGAAAACAGUUGACUGAUGUCACAGAUGUUGCUGGUGUCCUGGCACCAUGUCCUUUUCCUGCCAGGUCUUCCUAUCUGUAGUAGUGAACAUUCUUUACCGAUGCCAUCAUCUCCAGGGGAUUCUCUGGGUCACAUGGGGACAGCUGCAAAUGGGAGUUACACCUCCUGGUCUUGUGGUCCACCCCCCCUGCCUCCAGCGGGAACAAAGGGUGUGAUAGGUUGCUGUUCUUUGCUCCCCAAGGAUCUAGGCUAGAGGCAGUCUCCAGAUGGCCUGGCCCAAUUUCCCCUGUGACACAUAUGUUCCUGACAGCACUUCAUAGCUAACCAUUAUCCUCCAAGAUGUCAACUCAUGUGGUGAGACACUCCUGUAGUCCCAGCCCUUGGAAUGCUGAGGCAGGAGGAUAGCUGCAAAUGUGAUGCCAGCCUGGGCUACAUCGUGAGUUUCAGUGACUUUGGUAAUAAAGCAAGGUCCUAGUUAAAGAGCAAAUAAACAAUUCACCAAAUAAAAUUUUAAA